UGGGAGCCUCAGUUCAGACAGGCGCGCGCGCGCCCGCGAGACGGCUUAAUUGGCCCGCGCGCGCCGCUGUGGGCCUCGCGAUUCCCAUUUAACGCAGAGUUAGCGGUGCUAACCGUCUCCGUUCGGCUGUUUUCCCCCCUGGGCGAACUUCUCGGGGUUCCGCGGGCCGCGGCAGCUGCUUUCUGCCUCGCAGUUUCCAGAGUUUACGGCUGAAAAAAAAAAAAAACAACGAAAAAACUUUCGACUCCACGUGUGCUGCGCGUUCCCAGCCCCCCUCGCGCUGUGAUUGGUGCGGGGCUCACGCUCCUCUCUCUUCGGUGGACGUGCGGCUGUCCGGCGGCUUUAAAAAUGCUCCCCGCGUGCCGCCGCCGCAGCAUUUGAACGGCCGGACGCUCGCCAGAGAAAAUAGGAAUCUGCUCGGAAACUAUGCGGCACGCCAGAAAGACGGAGCCGUCCCCAGGUGUGCCGGUGAACGCUUCCCCCGGACCUCCUCCCCCGCUCCUGCUGCUGCUCCUGCUGCUGCUCUGUCACCAGGUGCUGGCCGAGGACCCGCGCGACGUCCAGGACAAACCGGGGAGCCAUCUCAAAAAGCGCCUCUCUCUCCAGAGCACGGUAGAGAGGCAGCGAUGGCUGCUUCAAGGUAGCCUUAAGCUCGGCACAGACAGGGAACAGGAAGAAGAAGACUCAGAAGUGGUUUUAAAGAUGAGCCCAGACCCCCCCGGCCCCUGGGGGCCAGGACCCUGCCGGGAUGCGGAGAUCCAGAGCUGCCUGGUGAGUUCAGGGGAAGUCGGCUGUGGAAUGUUUCAGUGUUUCAACAACAACUCCUGCGAGAUCGGAGGGCUGCACCACAUUUGCCUCACCCUGCUGCACAACGCCGGCCGCUAUGACUCGCAGGGCAAGUCGUUUGUAAAGGAUGCUCUGAGGUGCAUGGCGCUGGGCCUGCGGCAGCGCUUCAGCUGCGUGAGCCGGCGCUGCUCGGCGGUCAGAGAGCUGGUGUUCUCGCUCCAGAGAGAGUGCUACGCCAAACACCACCUUUGCCUGGCGCUGCAGGACCACAUGGACACCAUGGGGAGCCUGGUCCAGUUCCAUCUCAUGUUUCCCACAGGGCCCUACGUGGAGCUGAUGAACUUCCUGCUAAGGUGCGGUGACGGGGUGAGGGCGUGGGUGGGGCGGCGGCUGCGGGGGCAGUGCGAGCAGCACUGGGGCGCUCUGUGCGGCAGCCUCUCCGACGCCUGCCCUCAGGGCCAGCCCGACGGCCCGCAGUCCACCACCACGCCACAGUCCACCACCACGCUACAGUCCACUGCACACUGGCCCCCCGGAGCUCAGGGACGGCUGCAGCCGCCAAUCAGAGGGCCGGAGCUGGUGGACGGGGGCGGCAUCGGGCAGACGGACAACUCCUCCAGCUCCGGUUUUCCCGAGUCUGAGCCAACCAACGCCACGGCUGCGUAGACAGACAGAGCAGCCGCACAGAGGUGCACAGGGUACGCACAGGUGAUGCACUUAUCACUGUAGCAGCAUUAGUGAGGGUCACACAACUCCAUGUCGCUUUGCAGAUGGAAUCUAGGCAGCAUAACUUAUUCAGUUAGAUGGGCAUUUGUCCACCAUUCAUUUUUCUGAUCACAUAACUUUCUACAAGAAUCAAUGCCAGUUAUCUACCUCACCUCAGCAUCAGUUAACCACAGGGGCUCCGUCCCAGUGGGCGCAAACACACACACACACGCACACACACACAAACACCAGUCUGUCUGUAGCUCCCGUGCAGCUUC